AAUACAAUUUAAAUUAAAAAAUAUAUAAAAACAUAAAUAAAAUAAAAUUUAUAAUGACUAAUACUAAAGUAGUCCCACAAUAAAGACUCUCGCCUGAAGAAGAAGAAUAAUUAAAGAACGGCCCUAUCAACUAGCGAGAAUGCCGAGACUUAUUAUUUUGUUUACUAUUUAUUGCUGCCUGUAUAUCAUGUAUUUAUUUUUUCUCGUUUGGUAUUGCAAACGGCUAACCAAAAAGAUUAAUUGCAGUAUAUGAUAAAUCUGGUGCCGCUUGUGGAUUAGAUAAUCAAUCAGACAGGAAAUAUAUAUAUUUCUAUAUCCCCUAUUAUGACUCUUUGAAUAAAAAAAACUACUUCACAUACAAUACCUGUGUAAAAGAAUGUCCUAAUAAUACAUAAAAAGUAAUUGAUUGCAAUACAUCUGCAAUGCCAACUGGAAGUUGUGCAGAAAACAUUUGCAAUUUAAAUAUUAAUUAAAAUACAGUAUAAAAUAUAUUAAAUUUAAACUUAGAAUAAAUGGUUUGCAUAUACGAAACUAAAAAAUUACUUAAUAGAAUAUGCAUACCCUCAAAUGAAAUAUUUGAUUUAAUGGGAAAAUAAACAACAGAAAUGUUCAAGGAAAUAGUAUCUUUAGAUACUUUAACUUAAUGGAUAAAUGAUAUAUAAUCUGCAAGUCAUGUAAUAGCAGCUUCUUUAGGUAUUGCAUUCGGUUUAGGACUUUCAUAUAUGCUUUUUUUGAGAUGUUUUGCUGGAUUUCUUGUCUGGAUUUGUAUUUUAAUUUAUUUAGCAGCUAUCUGUGGUUUAGGAUAUUAUUCAUAUAAAAAAUAUGAUAAAAUAAAAACUUUUUUAAAAACGAAUUCAGAAUAUGGUAAUUAUACGGUAUCAAAUUAAGAAUCUUUUUAAGCUUUAGCAUUGAUAAUGUGGGUAUGGGCUGGAAUUACAGUAUUUUUAAUAUACUGUUAUAGAAAAAAAAUCUCAUAAGCAAUAGCUAUUAUAAAAACAACGACAUAGUUUAUAGUAGAAGUUUGGAGUGUUUAAUUAGUUCCAACUGUUUUUACAAUUAUAGCUGGAUGUUGGUGGGUAUUUUGGCUUUUUGGGUAUGUUUAUUUAUAUUCAAUUGAUAAAGAUGGACAAAUAAAAAAAUACGGGAAUACAAUCUUUGGAUAACCUAUUCAUUCAUAGUUUAUUUCAAGAUUAUGUUGGUCAUAUUUCUUUAUAGGAUUGUGGAUUAAUGCCUUUAUAUAAGCUCUUUGUUUAUUUAUUUUAGCAAGUUCUGCUUGCAUUUGGUAUUUUUCACAUGGAGAAGAAGGUUAAAAACAUUCGCCUGUAAGUACUUCUAUAUAUAGAGCCUUUAGAUAUCAUUUAGGUUCCUUAGCUUUCGGUUCAUUUAUUUUGGCUAUUGUUUAAUUUAUUAGGGUAAUUUUGGCCUAUAUAGAAUAAUAAAUGAAAAAUUUAGGUUAAAAAUAAAAUAAAUUAGUUGUCUGUUUAGUAAAGUGUUUAUAGUGCUAUAUGGGAUGCUUUGAAAGAUUUAUUAAAUUUUUAAAUGAAUAAGCAUAUAUACAAAUCGCAUUAGUUGGAAAAAGCUUUUGUUCAGCAGCUAAAGAUGGUCUUUCUUUAGUAUGGUGUAAUGCAGAUAGAUUCUCUUUAGUGUAUGGAAUAGGUGGUGCCUUUAUUUUUGUUGGAAAAAUUUUUAUUUCAGGCGUUUCUGUAAUUAUAUGUCAUUAUAUUUUAGAUAAUGUAUAACCUUAUAGUGAAGAACUUAAUUCAUAAGUUUUGCCUUUACUUGUAAAAUAAUUUAUAUAUAUAUAUAGUUUUAUUUAUUUUAAAUUAAAAAAAGAUUUAUUUUUUUUAUCAGUUAUGCUAUUAGUAUAAUUUUCUUGUCGGUUUACGGUAUGGGUAUGUAAGCAAUCUUAAUAUGCUUCCUUUGGGAUGAAAAAGUUUUCUAAAAAUAAGCUCCACCCCAUGCUCCUCCUCUAUUAUAAGAAUUCUUUGACAAUCAAAUAUAAAAAUGAUAUAUACUUAUAUAAUUCUUUGUUUUAAUAAAAAUGAUUAU